UUGGCAUCGAAUGCUAAACCAUUUACCAAGUGUCAUUACAGUAACACUCGCAUUCCUACGCAGGACACCAAAGUCUGUGUGAACAAUGGGCUCGUAUUCCAGCCUUUCGAUACACUCAAGGCUACAUUGGCCACCAGUGUAUUACAGCGCUGUGAUUCUAGCAAGCCAUGCACUUUCCUCCUUCCCAAGGGGCCAUAUGACCGUUUGCAGCCGUACCUUGCAGGGACAUCCCACACGUCAAACGAGGUCAUAGCCAAUCAGGCAGAUUGUCACGAGGACAUGACUAUAUACGAAUUCAUCGCGUUCGGAGCCCUGCGGAGUGGACCACGGUUGCAAUGGAUGAACGUGCUACGUGAACUCCGUGCAAGGACGCUCAAUUUUCGACGUGAGGAGGUCCAUCUACUGUUGGCGCAAGCUGUUUCACAGGUCGGCCCAUUUUCGUCCGACAACGGCCUUAUUUGGCACGAGGAGUUGAACAGCGCGCCCUUCCUUGGCGCACUACUCGGAGAACUGGAGGAUUUGAUGGCGAGCGUCGAAGGGAAUUGGUUGGAAGCUGUCACGAUGGACACUAUUGUCAUGCUUGUUUGGGUCUUGCGAUUUGUUGUUUCGGGUUCCUCGACAUUGCAGAAUUCCAGCGGUGCCACCCUUGUCAACAUCCGCAGUCAAACGUGGGACAUGAUCUCCAAGCUGAGGCUGCGUCCUCUGGAGGAUUCACGC